GUAUUAAGUUUUUGAAGAUUUAACUUUGUUUAUCCAUCAAAUAACACAUUAAUCAUAUUAACGGAAGAAUGGUUUACGUAAUGGCACCCCGAAUUAUAUUUAUAAUAUAUCAUCUGUAAAUGGUCAUUGAAGUGGGAAAAAAGGAAAAAUUGCAUGAUGUCGAAUAUUUUAUACUGAUAAUAGAGUUAAUGUUUAAUAGAUAAUAGAGCUUAAUGACCCUGAACUACAUAUAUGAUACAUGUUACACACAAUUUGAAUCAGGAAGUUAUGGAGCUGCGAAUUUAUGCACACUUAAUGUUUUUUUAUCGACGAGGAUACCUUUCAACGUUACUUAAUAUCUCAUCAUGCAGUGAUCUGCUAACUUUCGGAAAUGCAGAACUGGAAAUUCCAUUUUAGCAUCAAUGCCCUGUGUUUCAUUCAUGGUGUUUCAUGUCAAAGCAUAGUUCUAACUCCAACCAAACCUUACGUCGAUAUAAACGAGGCACUGACGUUAACCUGCACCUAUAUUGGUUACAACAAUGUAGCAGGGACGAAGUGGAAUGUGAAUAACGAAGUUUCACCAACAACAAUAAGACAUCAAGAUAAUACUUGUAGUGGUAGUGGAAUCUUCGCCGAUUACAACAUUUACAGAGUUGGUUGUCCAUCUGAUACAUCUUUUACUGUAACUAUAUUACGUGUACAACAAGAGGAUCUGAAUAUAUCAUGGCAAUGUUUUGAUCGUGACAGAACAAGUAAUACUGUCAGAAUAUUGGUAAAAGUUUCUGUUGCAAAUGUAGUACUUUCUGGACCAAGUUCUCGUUUCAUAAAAGAGCAAUCCCGACAAACAAUCAAGUGUAAGACAUCACCUGGUCGACCACAACCAAGAGUCAGUUGGUAUCUCUAUGAAUCUAAUAAAGGCGUUAAACAUAAAAUAACUGUUAACUCGUCAACACAGAUACUCAAUGAAAGUGAGGAUGGACUUGUUGCUGUCGAAAGUACCUUACAAUUUUACCCAAAUAGAUCGAUAAACAACUGGAUGUUGAAUUGUGAAGCGUGGACAGACGACGAAACCAGAGCAGUUCAUAGCAAUAUAUUGACUUUGAAUAUUGCUUAUCCUCCGCAGAAACCUGUAAUCAUUGAAUUCACAGACGGUGAAAAAUAUACAGUCAUAGAAUCUGAGCUUGGCAACCUGUCUUGUUCUUCACAUGGUGGAAAUCCAUUAGCUAAUUUGACAUGGAAUUGCUAUAACAGUAAACCAACGUCUGUUACCAUUGAAGACAAAAGUGUAACCAGCACUGUUACUUGGUCAGGUUUUCGUGGUCAAUCAUCUUGCUCUUGUAUCUCAAAACACUCGUGGUCUGGAUCUAUGCAAACUACAACUGUAAUGAUUGAUGUUCUUUAUAAAGCUCUUAUCCUUAAAUAUUCAGUUUUGAACAGUGGAGCACAUGAUUCUGUUACGGUUGGUGAAAAUGAAACAGUUAGUCUACAAUGUGAAAUAGAAGGAAAUCCAACACCAACAUGUGAAAUAUACAAUGAACAUAAUUCGGAAAUGGAGCAUCAGAUUAAUUAUUCACAUAACUAUGCGACAUGUUUUAUCAAUUUCAAAGCAAGUUGUCUUCAUUUUGGUGUUUAUAAAUGUAAAGGUGCCAAUGUUAUUAACACACCAGGUUAUACGGAGAAAACAAUCAAUAUCUUCGUAGAAUGUUCUCCAAGACCAAGCCCUUCUGUGCCAGUUAGGAAUCGUGUGAUUGCCGAAAUGAAUUCAUCGAUCAGCCUUUACUUCACAGCACUUUCCUACCCUAAACCUAACAGUGUCUUAUGGAGCAAGUUUGAUGGAAAAGCAUGGAAUUAUGUAAAUGAAAGCAACAAUAUACGGAUAUAUCAAUCGAAUUUGGAUUUUGGGAUGACAAUUAUUCGAGCAUCAAAAGCAGAUUUUGGCGAAUACAAGCUUUUUAUUUCUAACAUCGUUGGAUCCUACACUCACAUUUUCUAUAUUGAACAUUCCAUGGUGUCAUCAAAGUCUGAUGUUCAGGGCAAUACAGGGCUUAUUAUUGGAUUAACAAUAGUUGUAAUAUUUCUUGCAACGAUUAUCAGCGUUUUUGGUGUGAUUUUGUACAAAAGAAGGAGAAAUCUUAAACGCCCAGACGUGGAUGUUAACAAUUCAUAUCUAAACGUAUCAGGUGCAAAUACUCAACAAAAAAUUGAUGACAAAGAAUAUGAGAUGAUCGGAUCGAAUAUGAGAGACCCGGAAAACAAAGACAAUGGAAUCAGUAAAUCUAUUGCAGAUAUGGAAGAAAAUAAUGACAUUUCAGCAACGUACGAGAAACUAACAGAUGAUCGAAAAGACAUUAACCAGUACAGUCAGAUUUGUUAUAUGAAAGAGAAACAACGUGGUUAUGGAAAGAGUAUGUCUAGUGGUAAGGACGAACAACAUACCGAACUGGCGAAAAAUUAUAUCAAUAUGAAAAUAUAAGUACCUGACUAUUACGAAAAUGGUAAACUACUACCAUGUUAUUUGCAUGUCCUGCAUAUAAUUUUGUACGUGAAUUGGAAAGAAUCACACACAUUAUACAAUCAUAUACUAAUCAGAGCUGCAUCCGUACUAAGGGUGUAGUACUUAAGUACCAGUACCAGUACUUGGCAAAUUAUGCAAUACCAAUACCAGUACCAGUACUAGAUUUUAGCUCGGUACUGCAGUACCAGUACAUUUUUGGGGGAAGUAAUUAAGUAUCAGUACCAUUACUUUUAUAUAGUCAUCAAAGUUUGAAAAAAUACAGUGUCAAACAAUAAUUGCAAAUAUUAUUUCAUAAUUUACUUUAAAGUUGACAUAACAUUUUUACAACUUUAUUGUUUUAACAUACUUUUUACAAACAAUAUUUACAACAUUAUAUACAUAUAUUCAUGUCAUAUCUUAUUGUUAAGUAACCAGUCAACUGUAAUACAAUGCAAUCAUCUUUCAUUUAAAACAUAACACUCUUUUGUUGCCUUUCACACCUUCACAUCCCUGUUCAAUUUAUACCAAAGUAAAUAACAACUUUUUAUGGUGAUAACAAUAUCACUUGAAAUAGGAUUAUUUAGAAUAGAAGCAAUUAACUAGUUAUUAUUUUGCUCUUUUUCUAGUAAAUACAAAGUAAUUAAAGAUGUUAAUAAGGAUAUUUUAAGGUAAAGAGUUAUAAUUGAGUCUGUUUAUCUCAAUUUAAUUUUUACUUAAAGCCUUUGGUGCUUUUUUAUGAUGAAUACUAUGUUAACAUUUGAAGGAAUAUUGCAGCAAAUUAUCUAUAGAUUUUAUAACUUACUUUUUCACCAAAAUAAAAUAAUGUAAUAUACAGCUUUAGUUUAUGAGAAAAAUUGAUGCUUUUUUAUCAAAACCAAAAGUACUGCAUAGUAAUGCAGUAGCAGUACCACUUUUUAAGGCAGUAAUGCAGUACCAGUAGUAGCAAAAUUUUGUGAGAGUAAUUCAGUAUCAGUACCAGUACUUGCAAAAUCGCUACAGUACGUACUGCAGUACCAGUACCAGUACCAGUAAUGUAGCUCUGAUACUAAUAUUCAGCAAUACUUUGAUAUGUAGUUGAAAAAUAAAUAUACUCACACAUAAUUCAGUUAUUAAAGUUGUAUAUAUGCAAUUGAAUUUUACUGAAGAUAAACUUACUUUCAUUGAUGUUAUUUUAUGAUUUAAGUCGUGUAAAAUCUUACACAUUUUUUAUAAUCAUUUAAUGUUGUUAAACCAUAUUUAAUUGUGUAAUUUAGUAAGUAAUGUUGAAUGAAUAGAGCCUUUGAGAUAUACUCUGAUUAACAAAUAUUUAUCUUUGCAGAUAUAUGUAUUUUUAUAUAUUAGAAUCUUUGUAUAUGUUGAAAUGUUCUGGUUUGCGGUAUUUAGAUAUACCAAGACGAGUCUGAAUUAACCCAAACUGUUUAAAGAUACAAAUGCUUUUAGAAUGUUAAUGCGAAAAUCAGAGAACAUUUAUAACAUUGAAUACAAUUGUAGAUUUAUAUAGUAGCUUUGCAUUGAUGCAACACUCAUUAAUAAAGAAGAUGUGUUUGUCUGCUUGCUUGCUGUCAAACCGUGCCAACCCGUGUUAACGAAAUGGUCGGUUCUAGAUUUUAAUACUGCCUUUUGUUAAGAAAUGUUGCAUUCUUAGCAUAGAACGUAACUUUAGACGUUCAUUUUUAUUAAACAUGUUCUCUUUUAUUGUAAUUCUCGACUCUCAACAGGACACAUUCAAAUACGAAAUAGUUACAACAGAAAAAGGCAUGACAUGCCCGUCAACUUAAAACAACCUCAGCAAACUGUUUGCAUAGUGGCCAGGUCAAACAAAUCUUAAUUAAAUUGAAAAAUGAAAAACAUAUGUGUUACAUUGAUUCUACCAUUUAUGUCCAACAAAUAUACAGUUGCAUGGUACGAACAUAUUUGCAUGAUAGGUAAUUUCCAAAUGACAACACUCCAACCUGACACACAUGGGUCAAGUUAGGAAACCGCUAUUUUGUUCUUU